ACAGCAAUUCCACUUUUGUAAUUCACCCAAGAGAAAGGUAUGUGUCCACAGAAGACUUAUACAUGAAUCUUCGCUGCUGCUUUAUUCAUAAUAGCCGAAACCUGAAAAGAACCCAAAUGUCUAUCAACGGACAAAUCCAUGCAAUGGUAUACCACUUGGCAAUAAAAAGCAACAGACUACCAAUCCAUAUAACAGCAGAGGGUAACAUCUGCCUGGAGAAUGGAUCUUUCUUGCUGAACUUUACAGGCUGUGCAGUGUGCGGUAAGCGGGAUUUUAUGCUGAUCACAAACAAAUCUUUGAAAGAGGAAGAUGGAGAAGAAAUAGUUACCUAUGAUCAUCUGUGUAAGAAUUGUCAUCACGUAGUAGCCAGGCAUGAAUAUACAUUCAGUAUCAUGGAUGAAUUUCAGGAGUACACCAUGCUGUGUUUGUUAUGUGGCAAAGCUGAAGAUACUAUCAGUAUUCUUCCUGAUGACCCUCGACAGAUGACUCUGUUAUUCUAAGGAUCCUUCUACAGGUCUAUUGUAACUAGGUUGUGUUGGUUUACAAUCCUGCAAGCCUGAUGAUUUGUCUAACUUAGUUUAUAAUGGAAAUUAUUUGCUUAUUUUUUUCUGCUUAGACUUACCUAUUCUUUGAAAGAAAAGAAGUAAUCUGGGGGAUCACUGUUCUCUAGAGCUGAGCUUUUCUGCUAGAGUUCCUGGUUCACAUUGGUGCAGCCGGAAUGAAGCAUCCUUGUUAGUAUUAUGUGGCUAAAAAAUAACUAGGAUAGGAGCUCCUAGUGCCCAGAUCUUGGUUCUAGUAAAAGGAACCAGGACUCCUUGGAGUAAUGACUUACUCUAGAACUGGGGCUAUAAAUGUACAAGAUGGGCUUGGAGCAUCUUGUGCCACAAAAAAGAAAGUGCUCAGAAAAAAACCACAGUGGUUGGGUAUGUCAGAAGGACCGAAGAGCCGACUGAAGGAGCUCCCAGUGACCAAAGCUGGAACAGUUUGAAUAAAAAAUUAAGUAGUAUUGGAUUAUAACCCAAACUAUAAAAUGAGUAUUCAUGAGUCCAUCCUGAUAUAAAUAAAUGAUUGAAUAAAUAAAUACAUAAAUUAGAAUAGGCAAAUCUCCCAUGCAAAAGAUUUGUAAAUAAUGUAUGUAGAUACUCCCCACUCCUUAAAUGUCAGUGUGGUGGUGACUUCCUUCCAGAGUAUGGUUUAGAAAGGGGGUACAGACGCUAGUCAGGAUCAAGUUAACAUCAUCGGUGAUAGGCCAUGUGAUAACAUGUGUCCUUGAUAGGAUGUGAUGAAAGUGGCACUUGACCUUUAUAGUGUUCUUUCAGUCUAGUCAUGAAAAAUACAUCAGACAAAUCCCAAUUAAGGGACAUUCUACAAAAUACCUGACCAGUUCUCCUUAGAACUGACAGGUCAUCAAAGACAAGGAAGUCUUACAGCCAAAAAGAACCUAAGGAGACAUGACUACUCAAUAUAAUGUGGUAUUCGGAAUGGGAUCUUGCACCAGAAAAAGGACAUUUGGUGAAAACUGGGGAAACAUGGAUAAAGUGUGAACUUUAGUCAAUAUAAAUAAAUAGAGUGGUUUCAGUUCUCCAAAGGGAUCAUAGACUGUCUUACCUUGCACAGUGAAAUAACACUGACUGGGUGUCAUAAACCCUGGCAUUUAGGCCUCUCUGCCAUUUGGUAGCAGUAUAACCAUUAAACAAAGUAUUACUCUGGACUUUAUUGUCCUCUUUUUAAAAAUUGGGUGAAUGAGAAUUGAUAUUAUACUUCCUUUGUAGUACUGUUGAGAGAUCCAAAUGAAUAAUGAAUGUAAAAUGCUUUGGAAGACAUAGAAAGUACUAGAUACAAUGAAAUGACUUCAGUUAGUUCUUCUCAUUGUGAGACCAAACUUAUAACAGUCAGGCAUUAGAAACAAAAUCAUUUCCUCUUCAGAUCUAAGAGACUUGGGCAUUCUGAAGUAAGGCUUUGCUUAUAAGAAAAAAAGGUGAGCAAAAUGUUCAUUAUUGAUACCAGGGAAGAGCUUUGUUGUAUAACAGGAAUAAUAAUGACUGAGGUUUAUUGUGUACUUACUUUGUGCCAGGGUCUUUUUAAGCAUUAUUUAAUCUUCAUUCACAACUGCAUGAGUUAGGCACUAUUAUUAUUAUUCUGAUUUUAGAGCCAAAGAAACUAAGGCACUAGAAGUUAAGUAGCUUACUUAGGGUCACAAGUUAGUACAGUGACUCCCUCUCAACGAGAGUGUUCAGCACACACGACGAAUAGUGUCUGGCUAGGUCAGGAAGAAGUUGAGAGCAUCAGUGACUGCCCUUUGAGAAAUCCAGCCAUGUCAGACCAAGACUUACUAUUUGGAAAAGUUAAAUCAGCUGCUCCUUAGGAAUCAGUUGUUUUAUUCCUGGAAAAUGUUUCCCACUUAUUGCAAAUCUAUAUCUGACCUGCUAAGGAAAUCAUUUGGUGAAAUGAAUCCAGAAAGCCAAGAAAAUGCUUCAUCACUUUAAAUAGCAGCACUAAGCCCGUUAUAGCCUCUAAAUUGUCCCUUCUUGGAGUUUGAAUGCUUCCAACUUAGUCAUUUGGAUCAAGAGUACAGUUUCAUAUGCCCCUACUAAUAUCUUCAUCUACUGCAGAAUGUAUAAUUAUUAUCUAUUUUGAACUAUUUAUACUACAAAAAUUUAAAACAAGUUCCUAUCCAUAUAUGUUGUUAUUAUUUUACCAACAUUGUGCUAUGUUUUAUGAUACUUUCUUUUUUCAUCUUCUAGAGUUUUUCUCAAUUAAAACCUUUUGA